UCACGUGAAUAACUAGGUGGAUAACUCGAGGUCAAAAUUGAUAGGGUGGAUUAUGUGAAUAACUCAAAUAACAGUAUACAUGCGCAGGGUUACGCUAAAUAGUACUAAAUACUCUUAAAAAGCUUAAUUAUCGAACACUGCGAAUCUACAAGCCUACUUAGUUGGUGGAAUGUCAAGCAAUGUUUGUUUGGUCGAACAUCGACGUGAAAAUUGGAUGGAAUAGUGUGAACUUCAAGUCAUUUAUCCCCCCAGCCGAGCUUCGUGAUUCGUGAUCCACAAAACUUUCAUGCAGCAACACCUCAAAGAUCAACUAGUUGAGCUGCGACAAUGUCUCAAGGCACUGCCAACGGACAUUCCUGUUCCACCGGCAACAGAAUCCAAGUACAAGUUCUCCGACUUCAGCCCAGAUGCUGAAUGGACUAUAGACAUUGGCGAGGCUGGUGCUGUCAACCGAGAGUUAGAAGUUAGGCUUGGUAAUCGCGUCAAUGGCCUAAAACUUGUAGAGCGAGGUCUAGAAAUAGAGGCCGUAGUGGAUGUUUUGGGAACAUGGAUCGAAAAAUGUCCAGGUGACAUCAUCCUCGAGAAGUGGGUGCAUGACAUCCUCGAAGCUGCGCAAAGUGUCAUUCUUGCUGCUGGAAAAGAGUUACCAAAGUAUUUGCAUCAGUCAAAUGACGAUCCGGACAUAGAGCUUGUGAGCUCCCCAAUCAAAAAAGCCAAGGCAUCGAAGAAGAAAAAGAUCAAGAUUGUCGAGUCCGACGUGUCUGUCAUGCACCUCAAAAGUAAUCCCAAGAUGAUUGUUCGGUGUUCUGGAGCUGAAUAUGGAUGCGCCAAUUCAACGCUACGGGAUCGUGUUCGGACCGCUAUGGCCAAGGAAUCCCUAGGUCAGACUCAGAUGUCACUGCUGACCCCGAGGAUAUAGCAGAAGAUGGCUCAAGUAAAGUUGAUUCUUUCGACGGUGAAGAUUUCGAUGCUGCCAGUAUCAUCAAUCUCAAUUCCAGGAAACUAGUCGACGUGCUGGCUGAUAAAGAUUUGGCACCUGCAGCGCCAAGAAGCACUGUCGUUCUUCCACCAGCAAGCACCAUUGUGCAAGAGAGGGUCUUGACAGAGGCAGAUUGGGACAUGGAAUAGAUGUUAUAUGAUACAUAUUUACUUAAUACUGGUGAAUGAACGCAAAUUUCGCAAAACGCGCCAUGGAUUGAAAAUUUGCAGCGCCCGGAUAGGCCCGGAUCCACCGGGCCGGUUUUGCCGGCGGUGGAUAUCCACCAUACUCACCGGUAGAUAACUGACCCCCAAUUUCUCC